UACCGAUGGAGGGGAUGGACAGUUUAUAUCAGAACGAGUUUGGUGAUGCUGGAGCGCAGGCGAUGGCCCAGGCACUCAAAGUGAACACGACGUUGACGUGGCUCUCCUUGCGUGCGAAUCAGAUUGGCGAUGCUGGAGCGCAGGCAGUUGCCGAGGCACUCAGAGUGAACAAGAAGCUGACUUGGCUCGACCUACAAUAUAAUUGCAUUGGCAAUGUUACUGUUCAAGUGAUUGGUGAGACUCGCAAAGCCACCCGUCCAAAAAUUGACAUCGACAACCAGAUCAACCCUCGUGUGUUCUCUUUAUUUCCACGAUUAGCAAGUGCUGACGACAUUCAAGACGUGUUUCGCUUACUAACCUGCGGGCCAGAGCUAGACAAUCAGUCCGCAUCACUUCCAGCACUGACAUCCGAGAUUGUCCACUUCAUUAUGGACGAAGCACAUUACUGGCAAGGCGUGAAGCACGCUAAGCGAGCACUGUUUGAUGGCACUCUCCCCGAUUGUAUUCUGAAAGUCACGUUGCCUCAGAGUAUCAAUGGCUGCUCGAUCCGUGUGAAGGCCAUUCAAGUGCUUCGUAACAAGAAGGAACGUCGCGACAGCAUCGAUGACGGCGUUUUCGAUUUGAUUGUUCGAGAUGAGAACGGUGCAGUUCGAUACGAAUGUGCGGCAAACCCGAAUGUUGUCGAUUCGAACAUUGCGCGCGCGACGAUAUUGCCAUCGAGUACUCCCAUCAUCGAACACAUGCGCGAGGGUUGGCACGUUCAAGUACGAUCCAGCAAGUCCGCCCAAGACGUGCUGCUUGAAUCCCUUUAUGUUGGAUAUGUCUAACAAUCAAUGCAUGUCCAUUACUCUCGCUGCCGUUGCUCACUACGAACAUGAAUCCGG